UAAACAACAUUUACCUGAUCCAGCAGACAGCUCGCUGACUUCGUGGAUCAUGUUUUGUUCUGUUUCUUAUGCUCGCGGUUUCAGCCGGUCCCUGAGGGGAAUAUAACCUCUUGAUAUUGGGAAUAAAGCUCCCUGGGAGCGUGGGGCUGAGCUGUGGUUACUUUAGAGCGGCUGGCAGAGCUGGGAGGGGGGGAGUGACCGCAGAGCUGCGCCGACUGGGCGCCCGACCGGGGAGAGAUGGCGUGCUUGCUGGAGGCCCCUCUCCGCAUCAGUGUGCUGUCGGAAGUUACUGCCACCAGUCGUCAUUAUGUCGACAGACUGUUUGACCCCGACCCACAGAAAGUUCUGCAGGGAGUCAUUGAUAUGAAGAAUGCCGUCAUAGGAAACAACAAGCAGAAGGCCAACCUGAUUGUUCUCGGAGCUGUACCAAGGUUACUUUACCUGCUCCAGCAGAGCUGUUCCAGCCUGCAGCUGAAAACAGAGUGUGCCGUAGUGCUGGGUAGCCUAGCCAUGGGCACAGAGAACAAUAUCAAAUCCCUGGUGGACUGUCACAUCAUCCCUACCCUUCUCCAAGGUCUCCUGUCUCCAGACCUGAUCUUCAUUGAAGCCUGUCUUCGAUGUCUAAGAACGGUUUUCAUCAGUCCAGUCACCCCUGUGCAGCUGCUUUAUACUGAUCCCACUGUGAUUCCUCAUCUAAUGUCCCUACUGAGCAACUCGCAGAGAACCCAGGAGUACAUCACACAGAUCUUCUCCCACUGUUCGGUUUGUUGUCUGCAGACUCCUGAGCAUCAGACGGUUCUCUUCAACCACGGCGCCAUCCAGAACAUUGCCCCUCUGCUUAUCUCACCCUCCUAUAAGGUCCGAAUGCAGGCGUUAAAGUGUUUCUCAGUCCUGGCCUAUGAGAACACUCAGGUGUCCAUGACAUUAGUGAAUGUGCUGGUGGAUGGUGAGCAGCUCACUCAGGUAUUUGUUAAAAUGAUGCAAAGGGAUCAACCCAUUGAAAUGCAGCUAACAGCAGCCAAAUGUCUAACCUACAUGUGUCGAGCAGGUGCCAUCAGGACGGAUGACAACUGCGUAGUACUAAAGACUCUGCCGUGCCUGGUGCGGAUGUGCAGUAAAGAGCAUUUACUGGAGGAGAGGGUAGAAGGCGCAGAGACGCUGGCUUACCUGAUGGAGCCCGACGUGGAGCUGCAGAGGAUCGCCAGCACCACCGACCACCUCGUGGCCAUGCUGGCCGACUAUUUCAAGUAUCCCAGCUCCGUGUCUGCCAUCGCUGACAUUAAGAGGCUCGACCAUGACCUGAAACAUGCGCACGAGCUGAGACAAGCUGCUUUCAAACUCUACGCCUCACUCGGCUCCAACGACGAGGACAUCCGCAAAAAGAUCACAGAAACGGAGAACAUGAUGGAUAGAAUAGUCAGCGGCCUGUCAGAAUCCAGCAUCAAAACACGGUUAGCAGCAGUCAGAUGUCUUCACAGUCUUUCACGGUCAGUCCAGCAGUUGCGGACCAGCUUCCAUGAUCACGCUGUGUGGAAACCCCUCAUGAAGCUGCUGCAGAACGCCCCCGACGAAGUCCUCGUGAUGGCUUCCUCUACACUAUGCAAUCUACUGCUGGAGUUCUCGCCCAGCAAAGAGCCUAUCCUGGAGUCGGGAGUGAUUGAGUUACUAUGCAGUCUGACUCAGAGCGACAGCCCUGCGCUGAGAGUAAAUGGGAUCUGGGCCCUGAUGAACAUGGCAUUCCAGGCUGAUCAGAAGGUGAAGGUGGAGAUUGUUCGGUGUUUGGGUACGGAGCAGCUGUUCCGCCUGCUGUCCGACCCUGACACCAACGUGCUGAUGAAGACACUUGGCUUGCUGCGCAACCUGCUGUCCAAGCGGCCGCACAUCGACCAGAUCAUGAGCUCUCACGGCAAGCAGAUCAUGCAGGCAGUGACCCUCAUCCUGGAAGCAGAGCACAGCAUCGAGGUCAAGGAGCAGACGCUGUGCAUCCUUGCCAACAUCGCCGACGGCAACACAGCCAAGGAUCUGCUCAUGACCAACGACGACAUGCUGCAGAAAGUCAAAUACUACAUGGGUCAUUCCAACGCGAACCUGCAGCUUGCCGCCACCUUCUGUGUCUCAAACCUGAUCUGGAAUGAGGAGGACGGUUCUCAGGAGCGCCAGGACAAGCUGAGGGAGAUGGGUUUUGUAGAUAUCCUGCACAAGUUGACGCAGUCCGCCGACCCCAACCUCAGCGACAGGGCGAAGACGGCGCUGCAGCAGUACCUUGCAUGACUACAGUGGGCCACGAUCCUCUACUGCCAGCCGGACUAAUGACACUCAUCCAGAGGACGCCUGCCAUCGGUUCCUUCAUGUUUCAGUUAAUAUUGAGGCUUGUUAGUUGCACAGAGACACCUUUUUUGUUUUGGUUUUUGUUGUUUUGGACCCGCGGCUGAGCUCCCCUCCCGCCUCCCUGCUGCCACCAAGCCCCCCCACACCCGGACCCGGCCUCUGGUCCUGCUCGGCCCAGAACUCAUCCCUGAGACUAUGCGACUGUUGGAAGGGCAGCAGUUAGGAGAGUUUCUUUCCUUUCGUUUUAUUUUGUACCCGUUUUUUGAGCUGAAUCCUUUUGGGACUUUGUGAUUUGAGAUUUUGUUUUGCGGGUGCAGCUGCCUGACACAAGUACACGAGAGCCGCUCUGGUGCUUUUGGACUCCUGACGGUGGAGAUUCUGGUCUCAGUGAGGUGAAAUCGUGUGGAGGGCUGUUGGACAGCACAGCUUCCCAGUUUUGACUUUUUAAUUAAAUAAUACUGUUAAUAUUAACGUCUACUUAAGGCAUUGCUAGUAAGAAUAUAUUUGGAAAAAACAAAGACUGCCUAUUUUGACAUUUUGGGUGUUUUUUUUUUUUUUUGUUUUUCUUUUUUUUUGUGGAUAUAUACCUCGUAAAUAUAUAAAUAUAUAUAAAUAUAAACAUAAAUAUAUAUUUUUGGAUUUUUAUUUUUCCCGCAACUCUCCUUUUGAUUCCUCCAUCCCCUCUGCGCCUCGAUUCUUUUCGGGUUAAUCCACUGCGAGCUGAUUCGUGAACAUGUGAACACUGUCUGCAGAGAUUGGGGACGGAAAUGUUGCGAGCUGGAUUUCUCCGUCUCCAUCUCGUGACCGCAGACGUGCUGCCGGCACCGGAGCCCGUCGUCUCUGCCUGACAUCCUUAUAAUCCCCAUGGGAAAUGUAGCUCCAGAGCUGGCGGCGCUUACCUGACCACGUCACAGUACAACGGGACACCAGAGAUGAGACAUGCACGUGUCCUCGCAUCUCUGCAGCACUCCUUUCUGUGUCGUCUUCUUUUCUUUUUUCUUUUUUGUUGUUGUUGUUUUAGGAUGAACACAUUAAACUCACGAACUCCUGGGUUUCCUUACUUCUGAUGCAUUUUAGAUGGACCGGAUAAGUGACUGCGAUCUGAGACCGACCCCCUGGAGGCUCAGACGCCGAUUGAGCAGCAGAAUCAAGCACUUCUGUGAUCCAUCCUCCUCCUUUAGUUUCUACUCAUCAGGACAUUUCUAGAGUUUUCCAUGACAUUUCAUUUCAACCAGUAACUGAAACUCUGAUAGGAUGAAUGUUACCAAUGAAAAUGUAUGCAGACCUGAAGCAGCGUGUUGUGUUUUAUUUCUCCUGAAGGGUCAAGUAUCAGGUUUGCUUUAGUGCGUGUGCGUGUGCGUGUGAGAAUCUGAAUGUGUGGACGUUGAGCAGUGGAAAUGACUCGCCAUGCUGGGAGCAUGUUCAUUUGGCUAUAUUUAAUUUGUAAAGAAAGAAAGAGAUCGGCUUUGACACAAAACUAUUUUGUUUAAUGGCCAGACUCUCCAGACUUGUGAAACCCUUUGAAAAAUGAAAUAAAAACUGUUGUUGAUGGCUAAUAUAUAUUUUUUACAGAUCAAGUAAAAAAGGAUGUAAUCACUUGAUUAUUGGGAAAGACAGU